AUUAAAUAUCAAAGUGAUGCAAAAGACAAUGUAAAUUUUAUUCUCGAAAUUUCUCUAGCGCACCUAUAGUGAAAUGGGCUUAAAGAAAGGACAAUGUGUUUUUGACAGUCGAAGUAAGAGAUUUGAAGGAUGAAAAAGUCGAGUUGACAACAAGUUCACUCAAAUUUUCAGCUAAUGCAGAGGGUGUUAAUUAUGUUUUUGAAAUUAAUUUCUUCGCUGAAGUUGUUGUUGAAGUAUCUAUUUUAAUUAUAUCAUUUAGGAAAGUAAAUGGACCAAUUAUGGAUUGAAUGUCAGAUUCAUUUUAUCAAAGAAAGAUAAAACUGCUUCAUAUUGGACUAGAUUAAUCAAAGAGACACAUAAAUUACAAUACUUAUAGGUUUGAUAAAUGUUCUAAUAAAAGGUCGAUUGGACUAAGUAUAUCGAUGAAGAUGAUGAAGCCGAAGAAGGAGGUAAAGGUUUGGAUGAUUGGGAUUAGAACAAAUUCCAAAAUUUCGAUUAAGGCGGUGCAGACGAAGAUGAUGAAGAGGCUGAGGAGGAAUAGCCUAAGGAGGGUAUCCCUUAAAUUCUUAAUGUUAGGAAAUGUCGAUGAUUUAGAGAAAGAAGAAGAAGUCUAAAAAAAUGAUCAAGCACCAUAGGAAGGCGAAUAAGAGAAAUAAGCAGAGAGUAAUUGAUAAAGAUAUUAUAAUUAUGUUUAAAUAUGAAGAUGAA